GCGGGGCGGAGCGCGGAGAGGUGAGUGGCGGCCGGGCAGCCAAUGACACGCGGCCGCUCUUCCGCCUCCACGUCGGCACCGGCGAGCGCAAAAUGGAGGCGCUGAUCCUGGAGCCGUCCCUCUACACCGUCAAGGCCGUCGUCAUCCUGGACAACGACGGCGACCGGCUCUUCGCCAAGUACUACGACGACACCUACCCCAGCGCCAAGGAGCAGAAGACCUUCGAGAAGAACAUCUUCAACAAGACCCACCGCACCGACAGCGAGAUCGCCCUGCUGGAGGGUCUCACCGUGGUCUACAAGAGCAGCAUCGACCUCUACUUCUACGUGGUGGGCAGCUCCCACGAGAACGAGCUGAUGCUCACGGCCGUCCUCAACUGCCUCUUCGACUCGCUCAGCCAGAUGCUGCGGAAGAACGUGGAGAAGCGGGCGCUGCUGGAGAACAUGGAGGGGCUCUUCCUGGCCGUGGACGAGAUCGUGGACGGCGGGUGA